CCAAGUGGGCUGUUGGCCAAGCCACAAGCUACAAAAUGCAGCCCCAAGAGUGAGCAGGGAGCAUUCUCGUUGGCAGCCUGGACUUCGGGCGGUUGGAGCCACCGCCGAGCAGCCUGCCUCUUGGAAAGAGUUCGCGGACGCCCCCGGAGCCGCUGGGGCCAGCUUGGCGGCGCUGCCCGCAAGAGGGAGGGAGGCUGCAGGCAAGGGCAGGCGGCAAGCGCACAACCAGCCAGCCUGCGGUGCGGCCCGGGAGCCCCAGGAGCUCCGCGCCCACCAGCCUGCAAGAGCCGCAGCUAGAGUCUUUCUGGGCCUGCAGACUCCCGACCUCUCCACCUCCCCGCCUCCUGGCCAGGCCCGUGGUGCUGUGGGAGGAGCAGUAUGAAUCUGCGGCUCUGCUUGCAGACACUCCUGCUGAUCUGGCUCUCCCUGACCGCGGUGUGUGGAGGGCCCCUGCUACAGCCUCCUGCUAGGAAAGGGCUGGAGGAAAGCAAUGUCCGCCACCUGGUACAGCCCAGAGGGUCAAGAAAUGGACCAGGGCCCUGGCAGGGAGGUCGGAGAAAAUUCCGCCGCCAGCGGCCACGCCUCUCUCACAAGGGCCCCAUGCCUUUCUGAAGCAGAUUGGUCUGCUUCUUUGGAGUUCUUAUAUACAUUGGCCUUUCAUCUUGCACUCGUCCUAGCGGCUGAUGGUCCCAGCUCUUCUUACCUACCAGCCUCCUUCAAUGACAUGGUCCUGCCCCUAGUUUGAUGAUUCCCUUUCUCCCCCAAGGAUCCAUUCACCCCCUUUUCCUGGACCUUCUCUGGACUGACUUUGGAAACCCAGCACUGGAAGGCCACCCGUCUCUCUGAACUUCCCCUGCUCUAGUCUCCACUCUCCCACCUAAUAUCCCAACCCUUCAUGCAGCCCUCUCUUCCUCAGGUUUGCCCUGAGGGCUGCAUGAGAACACUCUUCUUCACUGGGCUCCAGCAGAUCCCAGGUUUUUGUGCCAAUUGGACCCUUCAGCAGGCCUCCAGAGGAAAGUAAAGAGAUGAACAAUGAAAGACUCUACUUAGAAGCCAGGGACCUUGGGAUACAGACAGGGUACCUUGGAGGGCAUUGGAGUGGGGGGCUGGUGCUGUAGUGAAGGAGAGUGGUGUAGCAUUGGAAAAGAUGAGGAACAGCUUCAUCGCUGUUUCUUCAUCCCCAUGUUUGGCCUGAUUAAAGAGGUGAAGGGAGGGGCCCGAAGUACUUUGUCACUUCUCUCACCUUACUGUGUUUUCUAACACUACUGCCAACUCACUGUUUCCCAACUUACUCUGUGCCCCUCAACAGCUAGUUCAAGCUCUAGCUCAGGAAGGGAGUGUGAUGGACCUGAGGUGGCUCUAUACCCUCCCAGGGGCAAAAGCCAGGUAGAAGUGUUUUUGCCUAGAAUCACAGAAUAUCAGAACCAAAAGGAACCUUACAGAUCACUUAGCUCUGCCUCUUUAUGCAAACUCCUACAAAAAGAGGGGCUGAGACAGGGAUAGUGACCUGCUAAGGGUCACUGCAGAGCCAGAAUGAGGACCCAGGUCUCCCAACUCCCACUUGAUAAUGUCCUCUUCUCUCCUGAUGUCUUUGCAAAACUUACUAAGUGCUUUGUCUCGGGGUUGAGGCUUGGGGAAGCUAGGAGGGAAGAGGUAAGCAUGCUGUGAACUGCCCCAUGGUGGUGGUGGUGGUGUGUUGGCGGUGGCAUGGGGACAGAGCUGCUCUUGCCUCCCUGGCCUGCCCCUGCUGGUUCAUUUCCCAACAUGGGCUGAAAAAUUCCUUAACUGGCCAGGUGAUUCCAUUCCUUCAGCACUGCCAUACCUCUGGUAUUUUCACAGGGGCAGCUCAGGCACUGAGACCCAACACUGCUUUUUAGGAGCUCAGAGAUGGCCUUAAGUCAUUGGACUCAAUAGCCUUCCCUUCAUGUUGACCAGGUCUUCUUUCCCAGUGGCCUUCCCUUUGGAGGAAGGAAAGGAGAGAAGGAAGGAAGGAAGAAUGGGAGGAAGUAUAGGUCUGAGCAGGCUUCCUUCUCAAGAGGCCUCCCAGGAGGGAGAAAAGAGGAGACAAGGGCCUAUUGGCCACCUAUGUAUGUUUGGGGGCAGGGGGAGUCAGGGCCCCCCAAGCCCCACAAUAACCCCGAUUUUGCCUACCCACCUCUCGCCCUUCUGCUGCUGCUAACACUGCUGCUGCUGCUGCUGCUGCUGCUGCUGCUUUCAGGCCCACCCUGGGGAGCCUGGCUGAGCACUCAUCUCUCCCCUCAGGCUCAAAGUAGGGGCUGACCAGUGUCCAGAAAGCCUCUUCUGACACUGAUGCCCCUACCAGGGGCUGGACCUUCUUCCCCCUUCUCCUCUCUAUCUCCUGUCUCAUCAGCCUCCCAGCCCUAUGAGGAAGGGGGAAAGGGGGACAAGGGGGAUGGCACAGGGCAACAGAGGCCACUGGGGGACUGGGGGACUCUUAUUUAAAGUGGUUGUGUAUGAUUCUUAUACUAAUUUAUACAAAGAUAUUAAAGCUCUUUUCAUUAAGAAAUUGUCCCCUUCCCAUAAUUAUGUUCACUGUGUCUGUAAAGAUUGUUCUGUGUAAAUAGGUCUUUGUAAUAAGGAGUUAAAAAUAACAGUUUGCCUUUACUCAGGGAGGUCAUGUUCAGGAGAGACCUUCCUGCCCCCUGAGGUCCAUGGUUUCCCCAUGCCCACAUGUUGCAUGUGGGAGGCAAUAUGCCUGCAUCCCAAGUUGGUUCCAGGUCAAAUGGCCACAAACCAAUUUGCUACAAGAUCACAAGAAGAAUUUCUAUACUGAAUGGCCAGUUCACAUAAAAUGCAGUACACUUUUAAGUGUUUUGGCAUCUGUUUGAGUGUGCUACUUUUUGAUAGUGUCCUUUAAAGGAUUUUUGGAAUGCAAUUUUUUAAGAACAUUCUGAUUAAAUGUGAGAUUUCUACUAAAAAUUGUUUUGUAUCCUUGGUGGGUGUCUUCUAAUUUUAUCUACUUUUGAACACUUUUGGGACUUUUUAGCCAGUUUGCCUUUCUUGAAAAAUGUUAUAAUUUCUGUAAUAAAUACAUGUGGUAAUGA